CAGCAGAUAAUGAAAUUGAUUUGAUUUUGAAUUAAAAUGGAAUUGGAAGAUGUUGCCGCAAUACAUUUGGAGGCCAUUGAAGUCAUUAUAAAUCAUAUACUGUACAUUCGCGGCGUUUAUCCAUUACAAAUCUUCAAGAAACGACGAGUUUACAAUACACCAGUAUUUAUUGUUGCUUUUCCGGCAUUAAAUUGUUAUCUUGCCAAUGUGUUGAAGACUGUGAAGCAAAUGUUGGUGAACCAGGUGCAAGAAUUGAAGCUAGAAGUCAUUAUAUAUGGCGACGAAGGCGAUCACAUGGAGAGCUACGUGUUGGAGAUGUUGCCAGUUGUAUCUGAAGAUCAGAACCAAGAUCAAUAUCUAUUGGAAUACGAGGAGCAACUGAGAUCUGCUUUGUACAAGUUGGCAGAGCGGGUUAAAAAGUUACCAAAACUGUCGAAAAACUCCAAGUUUAAGGUUCAGAUUCAUACCACACAGACGGCCUUUACCCACCUCAGUCAUGAUGCACAGUACCAAGAGUUUCCCUGGCUACAGACAGAUGGAAAUUCACAACUUGGGGAGGAGUCUCAGAGAUUUGCACUUUUGCCAUUGGCAACCGUUAAAAAAGUGGGAUUGAAAAUGCAGGCUCAAAUAUUUACAUGUUAGUUAAUUAAGAUUUUAUGUAUUUUACGCAUUAAAUGUUUAAGUCAACAUAUGAAA